AACACAAUCUGCACACUAAUUCCCUUGCUUGUCAUAGUCGUGUGAUUAAAAAAAAUCCUCCCACAUUUAGGCCCAGUUUUUGAGCACUCCAUAUUUAACAAUCAGGGGUUGCCCGCUGGACGUCGAGUACGCCGGAAUAAUGGUGACCCAGGGUGAGCAGCACUAUCGCGGUGACGUCACGGGCCGAGUCACAGGAAAGGUCGCCUGUUGCUAGUGGCGACGCGCGCCGGCGUAGCCGUGAGGCGUUCACUGUCCCCUCAGGUGAGAGAGAAGCCGCGGCGCUGCUUUUCUAUUCUAUGCCCAUUCUCUCCGAAAGUGGCCGCCGGCACAUUAGGAAGAUAAGUUUCCCACUGUCUUUUUGUUUUUGAAAGAAGGAAUGAAGAGUUUUAGUUAAACAGGUGUCUCAGCAGAAGACGGGUGGCUUAAACCGCCUCGAAAAGGCAAAUGUGCUAUUUCGCCACACCUCUGUCACCUGAAUCUCCACUGUUUGGGGCUCCCUUUUAGGACACCUCCAAUGCCACACGCCCCUCCUUUAAACCCUCUUUCCAACAUAAUUCGUUUCUCAUUUUUGGUUUCAACAACAAGGUAUCAGCCCUCCUAAACAAGAGGAAUGCUGCGCUGGCUCUGCGCCAGGCAAGCUUAGCGAACAGGAUAAAAUUUCAAUUUAGAAUUAUGGGAAGUUGCUGGUGUUGGGAGUAAAAUUCUGGUUUGGUGAGUUUCAGAGAAGGGAGUUUGCACAGAGACAACCUUGCUACUGUGAGGCAAACACAAGGAAGCAGAAGGACAGAGAGGAGACUAAACAAGAUUUCGCCAACAGUUUGGGUUACAUUAACCUGACAGUGAUUUUUCCCCCUACUUGUGCGGUUUUGUAAAGUUCUUAAUGGAUGCAAAAUUUCCAAUGGAAGGUAGCACCUUUGGUUGUUUUUCAGUAAGCUAGCUUGUUUUUUUUUUUCUUCCUGACAAGGAGCCUAAGAACAUUUUUUUUUCUCCAGAGCCCUGGAAUGUGCAGCUUAUGUCAGUGAGAGUCAGGUAUUUUAGCUAAACUUGUGCUAAUUACCAAACUUCCAGAAGCUUUUUUUUUCUUUCUUUGCAACAGUGGAUGUGAGAACUGAGCCUAGCACUCUCUCCAUAAGAACCUAAAGUUAUUUUGUGUUGUAAAAGAGGGCAUUUGCGGUGUUUGGAGCCAUCUGGAUAUUCAAGCUUUGAUAAAGAACAAGAAAAAAACAAACAAACAAACAAACAAAAAUAAUCCCCCCAAAGGAAAGGCAAAGAGAAGAUGUGUAUGUAUGAACUGACAAAUCUGUGCUUGCAACAGUAAACAGUGUCAAAGGCUGUACAUCUAACUUCAGACCAAAGCACAGAUAUAAAACACUAACUGAAUGGUUUUGACAUAAUGACAGCUGAAGAUUCUACUGCUACCAUGAGCCACAAUUCUUCCAACAUGUCCACAUCAAAGGUCCCAGAAGGAGUAGCUGGAGCCCCAAAUGAGAAUGCAUUGCUGACUCUGAUGGAACGUACAGGAUAUGGUAUGAUCCAAGAGAAUGGUCAGCGCAAGUAUGGUCCUCCACCUGGCUGGGAGGGAACAGCUCCACCACGUGGAUGUGAAAUCUUUGUGGGGAAAAUCCCAAGAGAUGUUUAUGAGGAUGAACUGGUUCCAGUGUUUGAGUCAGUGGGACGCAUUUAUGAGAUGAGGCUGAUGAUGGACUUUGAUGGCAAAAACAGAGGAUAUGCUUUUGUGAUGUACACACACAAACGUGAGGCGAAAAGAGCUGUCAGAGAGCUUAAUAAUUAUGAAAUUCGACCAGGAAGGCUCUUAGGUGUGUGCUGCAGUGUGGACAACUGCAGACUUUUUAUUGGGGGAAUUCCUAAAAUGAAAAAACGAGAGGAGAUUCUUGAAGAGAUUGCCAAAGUUACUGAAGGAGUCUUAGAUGUCAUUGUGUAUGCUAGUGCUGCUGACAAAAUGAAGAAUCGGGGUUUUGCCUUUGUGGAAUAUGAGAGCCAUCGUGCUGCAGCUAUGGCUAGGAGGAAACUUAUGCCUGGGAGAAUCCAGCUAUGGGGACAUCAAAUUGCAGUUGAUUGGGCAGAACCAGAGAUUGACGUAGAUGAGGAUGUUAUGGAAACUGUAAAAAUCCUCUAUGUACGAAAUCUAAUGAUUGAAACGACCGAGGAAACCAUUAGAAAGAUUUUCUGCCAGUUUAAUCCAGGUUGUGUAGAGCGUGUUAAAAAGAUCCGUGAUUAUGCUUUUGUGCAUUUCACAAGCAGGGAAGAUGCAGUACAUGCUAUGAAUCAACUGAAUGGUGCUGAAGUUGAAGGGUCUUGUAUUGAGGUGACCUUGGCCAAACCUGUGGACAAGGAGCAGUACACAAGAUACCAAAAAGCAGCAAAAGGAGCAACUCCAGCCACAGAGACGCCACAACCUAACUAUGUCUAUCAGUGUGACCCAUAUACCUUAGCAUAUUAUGGCUAUCCCUACAAUGCACUAAUUGGGCCAAACAGAGAAUACUUUGUUAAAGCAGGUACUAUAAAGGGUCGAGGGCGAGGGGCAGCUGGAAACAGGGCCCCGGGUCCCAGGGGCUCUUACCUGGGGGGAUAUUCUGCGGGCCGUGGCAUCUACAGCAGAUACCAUGAAGGAAAGGCCAAGCAGCAGGACAAAGCCUAUGAACUCAUACCCAGCCUGGAGCUGACAGCUGUCAAUCCAGUGGGCAUUAAACCUGGCACAAUUGCCAUUCCUGCAAUAAGUGCGCAGUAUCCAGUAUUUUCUCCGGCUCCUACAGCUAAAAUAUUGGAAGAUGGAAAAAUUCACACUGUGGAACACAUAAUAAAUCCCAUUGCACUUCAGCAUGACCCAACUGCUGCUGCCGCCGCCGCUGCUGCCGCCGCUGCUGCUGCAGCACCUGUUAUUCCUACUGUGACUACUCCACCCCCUUUUCAGGGACGUCCUAUCACUCCAGUGUACACCAUGGCCCACAAUGUUCAAAGGAUUCCUGCUGCCAACAUCUAUGGUGCAAGCUAUGUCCCAAUUGCGGCUCCUGCAACAACAGCCACCAUUGCAGCCUUACACAAGAACGCGGCUGCCUAUGGAGGUUAUGCUAGCUAUGUACCUCAGGCAUUUCCAGCUGCCACCUUUCAGGUCCCUAUACAUGAUAUCUACCAGACAUACUGAAAGUGCACAAAACAACAAAAAAUUACCUGAAGGAACACUUGACUAUUUAUGAAGAAUGAAUUCUUUGAUGACUGUUAUAAAGAUGUCAAAAACUUUCAUCUAACUGGAAGUAAAAGUGAAGACUAUUAAGUGUUUUGCUCUACUAAGAACUGAAAUAUAUUGAAAAAAAAAUAUUUCAUUUGUGUUUCUUGCAAAAAACAGCAGGACUACAGAAUUUUGUUAGACAUAUUCUCUUUAUUUAAUGGGUUCUGAAAAUCUUCCGUCCAUGUGCUGUGAGGCUGGAUCUUUUUGAAAUGUCUUUUUCAGUUUAAGUAUAUAUUUGUUCUUUUAUUAUGUAAUAUUUUGAAGUAUUGUGUAUGAAGGUUUUUUCAUUAUUUUAUUUCUGCACUCCGGCUUACCAGUCACAUGUAGUGUGUUGACCCAUAAGUGUGUACACAGCUAAACAAGAACAUAUAACAGUACAUAGUUUUACUGAAAAAAAUUGUGACUUCAAAAAUUCUUUAAAAAUAUAUUUUGACUUUUGAAGCAAUACAACAUGGGGGAGUGAUAUAUAGUGACACACAUAGAUCACUUCUUUAAGUGCAUAACAAAAAAUAAAAACAAAUAAUUAGACAUACUUUAUAGUUAGUAACUAUAUCAAAGACAUGUGCCUGCAAUCUCAUAAAAUAGCAGUUACAUGUAGCACGGUCAAGUUAAAUGCAUUUUCCAAAAUAGGACUGUUUACUGGAGUAAACGGUGUGCCUUGGAAAUGAUGUGUUCUAUUUUACAUUACACAUUGCUUGAAUGUAAUAAAAUGAAUAUUUUGCUCAAUGAACAAAGCUCAGUUGUAAACGUGCUGCAGUGAUCCAUUUUAUGAUGCCAUACCUCUCUGAAUUAGAGACAAACUAAAGGAGCAAAGAAUUUCAUAUAAACAGUUUGGUAUCAUACACUGACAAUCAAUGAAGUGUGAUCAUUUUUUGCUAUUCUACAAACACCAUUAUUGUUUGGCUACAUGUUACUACAAAGUCAUAGCGAGCAGGUCUUGGAAUUCAUAUUUUUGUACUUUAUAACAAAGGAUAUAAGCAAUUGCUGCUGGAAUAAGGGGCCAUAUUUAUGUUGUAUUUUUCAUUCUUGUGGUUUGCUUUGGGUUUAUAUUUCAUUUGGAUGCUUCACUUCCACUAAGCUUGGAAGGACCAGCGACUGUUAGCACUUGUAGAGCACUUUGGCUACCUUGUAUUAUUAUUACAUUUCAGUAAAUCUGCCAUUCUUGUUUUACAGAGAAAAUAUGAAGAAGAAAAACUAAGAUAUUUUUAAGGAAACAUUUCUCAGAAUUUAUAGAUGAACCUGAUAUUUUUAUAAGUGAAUAAACUAAAAGCAGACAAGUUAUUGUAUCUAGAAUUGAAGUCAAACUUUAUACAGUACAUACUAUGAGAAAUUGACUUACAGACUCUAGUCCAGAUAAAGGCAUUUUAUUAGCAUGAGACUAUUUUAGAAUUUCCCUCUGGGGUAAUAAAGUCAUCCUAAGUACCUAACUAAAACUUUUUUUUUUUUUCUAACACAUGUAAAACAAAAAUAUGCACAACCUCUGAAAACAGUAUUUGUGGGUAUAUGCAUAAAUACACCCUUCUCUCUCACUCUAUAUAUAUAUAUAUAUAUAUAUAGUAUAAUACACACAUACAAAUGGGGAGCCCUAAAGUGAUGUAUGAUGAAUGGAACUCAAAAAAAAAAACAAAAAACGUGGUAGCAAUAGCAGUGCUAAUCCUUAUAUUAUGUUUUAGGCUUUUACACAUUAUAAACCAUAAGUGCUGUUUUUCAAAAUCUAUUUAAAAGUGUGCUAAUAUUAUUUUAAUAGCUUAUUUUUUAUUUUAUAUAUUAUACUUAUCUUUUAGAAUAUUGUGUUUGGGAAUUUUUAUUGUUUUGUUUUGCUUCUAGACAAGAACAUUGAUCUGCUCUAGAAGAUGUCUUGUAUAAAAUAACCUUUAUUAUGUCAAAGUGAAACUUGCAAUUGGUUUAAUUUGUACAGACAAUAUUGUAUUUUAAUAUAUUAUGUUCAGAUAUUCGUUUAUGAAUUGAAACAUUGUUUAAUGUAUCAGCAAAGUGCAGGAUGUGGCUUGCCGCAGCCUUGUACCACUUUAUUCACUGCUGUCUAAGAAGGUAUUAUUGACAGAGUAGGAACUUAAUGUUAUCUUUGCAAUGUUUAGAGCCUGUUUAAAGGCUUCAUAAAAUGGGUGGAAAACAGUCAUUGAAUAUUGCAACAUGGCUUUCCUUUUCCCAUUUACCACAUGGUGUCUGUCAGAACUUGCCAUGAUUUACAUUUUAACUAAAGAUCAUCAAGAAGUUAAAGCCAUGGCUCUCAAGUUAUAAAAAACAAAAAAAACAGGAGCAGAAAUUGAACAUAGAAAUAUGUUGUAUCCUGCACACAUAUUUCUGUACUAGACAAAAUGUUAAUGAGUUGCCCUUCCAUCUGUCCUCAAUAUGUACCACUCAUACACACUACCUGAAGUGUUAUAUUUGGAAAUGCAGGAUCCUAAGGACUGAAACGAACAAGGUAUGUUUAGUACAACAAAAUAGUGCCUUAUUGCCAAAACAUACCUUUGGGCCUAUCCAUGUCUUUUUAUUGGUGUUUUCUAUUCUGUUUUAAAUGCGUAUUGGCUUCUUCAGCAUUGUUGCAUUUACAUUUUCUUAGUAGUUAAUAAAGCAUUUUGAAAGACAAA